UACUCUCUGCCAGCGGAGAAUCGGUUCGAGUUCGAGUUCGAGCGGUACACACUUUGGGUCUGCUCCGCGCUUUUGGCCUGCGAGAAGCGAGAUAUUGAUAGUUUCGGCAUUGUCGUAUCAAAAUAAAGUGAACAUUCGUUUGAAGGCAACCGUUUAGACAAGGCGCGUUUUAUUUUUAUUGUUAUUAAUAUUAUUAUUGCGCUCCUCUCGAAUAUAGACCAAUAACAUCUUCAACUUUUAUUAGUAACACUAUCGAAAGAUUGUUGCACAAAAUCAAUCCGAGUGUCGGAAAGCGAGAAAUUUCGCUGAUUUGCCAGUUUUUGGCAAAAUUUUUGGUACGGAACGAAAUUCUUGGCGCGAUUUAUUCGGGAAAAGUUCGACGUCUCCAAUCGUUUGAAAAAGUACGGGCGGCGGAAGUUGCGAUACAGUUUCCAAAGCAGAAGUGAUAAGUGAAAGAUGAAAAUUCAAAAAAAGUUGUGAAACAGGUGACAAUUUGUGAAAAGGAAAACAAAUCAAACCAGAGCGAAUAUAGAAAUAAGGUCGAAGAAAAGUGACCGUGAACACAAAACAAUUUUCAGAAGAAGACAGUGUGUGAAGGCAAAAAAACAUCAAGUGGCCUGGGAAAAUUCAAGUGAAGUGUCUGUCCCCUGCUGAUGAUGUCCAUGCGAAAUAUGGGUGUUGAAUGCAUGGCAGUAGUGAUAUGAAUAUAAAUUGAUUCUAAGUCCACUGUACCGUUGAGUUGUUGAAGAGAGUGCUCGAGACUUGCUCAAAUAAACACCGAACUGAAAAAAUAACCGUUCCGCACAAAACGAGGAGCGAGGUCUAGGCGUUUGUUGUAUCUGCCGGAUUCGAACGAAGGUAUCCAAAAUUUUGGCCAACAUGAAUUCCUAUUUUGAGCAAACUGGUUUCUACGGUCAUCCGCAUCAAGCGGCCGGAAUGAUGACCACAACUGGCACCCACCACGAUCAGACAACUGCAGCAGCUGCGGCCGCAUACAGAGGCUUCCCACUGUCCCUCGGAAUGUCUCCCUACACAAACCACCACCUACAUCAGAGUAGAUCGUCGCAAGAUUCGCCCUACGAUGCCAGCUUACAGGCAGCAUGCAAGCAAAUUUACGAAGGUUCCUAUAGUACCAAGGACUGUGGGAAAACGGGAGGCGGAAAUGGAACCACAGAUACCACCAACGGCUACAAGGAUGUGUGGAACUCGACCAACACGAGUGCCACCAAUAGCAAUACCAACACAGCGACUGGCGGAAAUGUACCUGCACAGCAAAAUAGUUCAGUUCCUGUACGACCCUCGGCAUGUACACCAGAUUCCCGCGUUGGAGGUUACAUUGAUGCCUCGGGUGGAAGUCCCGUCAGUCGAACAGGUUCCACUGCUGCCACCGGUGUUACCGGAACGUGGAACACGAACCAAUGCACAUUGACCGGUUCGGCCGGUGGUCAAACAGCUCCAACCACCGGUCUUCACCAGUCAAACCAUACAUUCUACCCCUGGAUGGCUAUAGCAGGUAAGAGAUACUCAGAAUCUCUUGCGGGCACACUUCUUCCAGACUGGAUAGGUGCCAACGGAUUGCGAAGACGUGGCCGGCAAACGUACACCCGAUACCAAACGCUGGAGCUGGAGAAGGAGUUCCACACCAACCACUACCUGACCCGCCGGCGCCGGAUCGAAAUGGCCCACGCACUCUGCCUGACGGAGCGGCAAAUCAAAAUCUGGUUCCAGAACCGGCGGAUGAAGCUCAAGAAGGAAAUCCAGGCGAUCAAGGAGCUGAACGAACAGGAGAAGCAAGCCCAGGCCCAGAAGGCUGCUGCGGCGGCGGCACAGGCGGCCCUGCACGAGCAAAACUAGGGGUUAGACCAUACCAAUCACAGUAGUUCUAGUAAUUAUUUAUAUUAACUUUAAUAUGAGUUUCAGCGCAAAAGAAAAUGGUUAGUUUGCGAUCAGCGAAAUAUUUUCGUCUCGUAUCUGUACAGUUGUUUUAGUUCUUUUAUGUUUUACUUUUUAACCGAUAAACGUUACGUUUCAGUUUUAGUUCCGUUUCCAAUUGCAACGACGAAAGUUGGCUUUGUUCUAUAUUAGAUAAAUUAAUUUUGUAAAAAGAAAUGUUGCUAAAGAGAUUAAUUUAAACAACAACUAAAACGCUAGUGAAAGGUAUAUUUCCAAAAAAAACAGAGAUCUGACCCUCGGUGAUAGAGGAGAAGAAGUAAGGUUCCCCAGUUAGGGGACGUGCUGUACAUAGAUUUCGACUGUAAGAAAAGGUGGAAUGAAAAAGUUGUACAAAGAAGCUGGUAGAAACUAUUUUCGAAUCUCAAUCUUAACUCAGUCUAAACGGAAGGUAUGCCUCCUUUUGUGAUGUGGUAAAAAUGCAAUACAUUAGUAGGAAUUAUCAGCAGACAGAUCCGAAGGCAAAGGCACCAACGCAUUUUUGCAGAUACUAAUAAUCCACUUUUGUCGAUGACAGAUUUCCUUCACCUGUAUUUAGUAAGCUUAGUUUGACAUGAACUUGUUCGGUUAUGUUUCAAUUUCAGAAAUUGAACUCCAAAUAGGUUUGCGAAGCUUUACCAUUCGCAACGUACCAUCCUAGUUUGUUUCUUUGUGAAGUUUGGCCGUUCGCAAAAGUGGACUACGAUCAUGCCGUCUAAAUAUUCAUCUGAUACGUACUUCAAAGAAUUAGAAUUACUGUCCAAAGGUUCGAAUACGUGGGUGUGCUUCAUUUUAAGAGGCUUCAUUGAAUUACCAAGUUCAAACAUCAGUGACUCAAGAAUGCAAAUGUAUCGCAGGGCUUGGAAGUUUGCGGAAGCUGCUCAAAAUGACUUUUAUCCUCGUAUUACAGUAUUGUUUAUGUUUCCUUAAGUCUAAUAAUCAACAAAAAAGCAACCAAGAUACGUAAUUUUGUGAAAAUUUUCUAAACACUAUCAUUGGCCAUUAUCCAGUUGAUUGGUCGACUCCUGAGCAAAACGAUUGUCGUAGUAAUAUAUUGUUCAUGUACUUAUUUAUUACAGGGAAACAAACUUGUACAUAGCCAACAAAAUUUAACGUUUUCCCUCGUCAAAAUUAUCUUCAGUGCAAUAAUUUACAGAACUAGAGCAUUCUGUCAGUUGGUCUCUACGCUAAAUUAAUUGUUCAAAUCCGUCGCGAUUUAAAGCUCAGCUACACGUGUAGUAAACAUCAACCGCCGUAGUGUAGUUUAGUCUCUACUCUCUAGAACCACACUCAUAACAACACGACAAGACAUGCAACACAUGCAACCAAACCUUUCUCUCCAUUGUCUCUUCUAGCCCUCAGAUCCAUUUUUCAGUGCUACAUCACCUAUGUGCUUCAAAUUUGAACAUUUUCAUUUGUUUCCCCUGUGAGCGAUACAAUUAUUCAAGACAAGCCAAAAUACAGUAGCAUAAAGUAGGAGAAAAUCGAUUCCAUUCUCCAUCCCAGUACAUAGGUCCUCACAAAAGCUCAUCGUCUAUGACAGCUAGAUUUGUAAUGUUUGUUUCCAAUCAUCCUAUUAUCAGACGUACCCUUAGCCCACUAAAAACACAUUCUGACCCAGUGUGAAACGGAUGCUCCUUAAUGUUUAAUAGAAAAGCCUAAAUGGAAGGAAUAGAUCAAAAAUACGUAAUUAGACCAGAGUAAGAGUAAUUUAAACGUAAAAGAAACAAAUGGAAAAAAAUGUAUACGUAAAUAGAUGGUAAGCUAAAGUAUAUUUAAUGAAAUAAUAAAACAAUGGAAAAGCAAAAUAACAGCAGAAAUGGUUACAAAAAAUCGAAAACAGAAAAAAAUAAUUUAAAAGUAAUGGAAGAUACGUAAGUAAAUAAGAUUUUUAUAGUUGAUAAGUAACUUAAUUGGAAUGAAACAUUGAAACAACCCACAAACACACAGAUACAGACACAUACAAAAAUUCACCGCUAAACAGAGUAACAUAUUCCAGUGAGAAUAGAUGAGGGAAAAUCUAAUCCACGAGGGCUGUCAAUAUUUGACGACGACGACAACAGAUAAGCAAACAAGCAAGAAGGCAGUUCCUAUAAAAAAAAAGAGAAAACAAAGGUGGGGAAAUCAAACUUAGUGACCGUGUGCGCAAUAGAGUGUGUACGCAUGUUCAUUCAUCCAUUAAUGGUAAUGAUGAUGAUUAAAAAAACAAAACCCUAUGACAAAAUAAAUGACUAUGAAAAUUUA